AUAAGUAAAGACAAGCAAGAGAUCUUCCCUCGGUUUGGAUAAAAAAAAAUGAAACAAUCAAGUCUCUCAAUAGCCCUCGUGGCAUUCUUCCUCUGUGUAUGUAGGGGGACAUCAGAGAUCGAAACACCCCUGCAGCUUCAAGAAUCAUUUAAUUGUGCAGUGGAUUUGGUUUCAAUAGUUGAUAAACUAUUGGCUGACUUGGAGAGUCGUCGGGAGGAGCUUCAGAAGAUAAAGGAUAGUGUUGACACAGCCGAUGAUAAGUCCUACCCCACAUCCUGCCUUCAAAAAUAUAUAAACCACAAUACGACGCUUUUGGUGAAAGUCCCGGGACAUGCUCCGUUUCCAGUUCUCUGUGACUGCGAGCUGGUCGGUCUUGGCUGGACGGUGAUUCAGAGACGUCGGGAUGGAUUGGUCAGUUUCUACCGGGAUUGGAAUGAUUACAAGUCUGGAUUUGGAAGCCUGGGCGGCGACUUCUUUAUUGGCCUGGAGAAGCUUAACUGGCUAACAAAAUCGCAGCCGUUUGAGUUGUACAUUCAUAUGGAAAACUUCAAGGGUGUGAAGAAGUUUGCCAAAUACGACGAGUUCACGAUAGGCGAUGAGUCCGAAGACUUCGCCCUAAAGGUCCUGGGAAGUUACUCAGGCACCGCUGGCGACUCGCUGACCUACCACAAAGGACAAAAGUUCUCAACCUUUGACCGCGACAAUGAUAGCCAGAAAGAUGAAAAUUGUGCUCAAUACCACAUUGGCGCUUGGUGGUAUGAUGGUUGCUUACAGAGGUAAAUUAAAUAUUAAUAACAUAUGGUUUUUACUAAUUUAUUUUUACACUUCAAGUAAUCUAAAUGGACAAUAUCUAGACUUUGCGAGUCCGAUAACCACUAUUCCAACGGACAAUACCCGGUACCUUAAAUGGAAUACAUUUGAGAGGCAGCCCCUAAAAUUCGUUCAGAUGAUGAUUCGCCCCAAAUUCGGUUGCUUUUAAAUAUGCUAGCUUCAAUGCUUUUAAGUCAUUAUUAAAAAUUAUAAUGGGCUUGAGCUAUGAAUCAUUACUUAUGAACAUUUUUUAAAUAAAUAAUAAACCGAUUUAAUAUUUUUUGGUGAAUAAAUUUUUCAA